CCCCUCGCGGCCGGGAGGCGACGGAAGGGGCGGGCGGUGGGACAAGGAGCCGCGUGGGGCAGCCAUGGGGCGUAAGAAGAAGAAGAAGGGGUCGGGGGGAGCGGCUUCGCGGCUGGUGGUGACUUUCGAUGAGGAGAGGCGGAGGGAGUACCUGACCGGCUUCCACAAACGGAAGGUGGAGCGGAGGAAGGUGGCCCUGGAGGAGAUCAAAAAGAAGCUGAAGGAGGAGCAGAGGAAGAUGAAGGAGGAGCGGCACAAGGAGUACCUGAAGAUGCUGAGCGAGAGGGAGGAAGCGCUCGAAGAGUUUGAUGAGCUGGAGCACUUGGUAACCUCACGGACAGAGUCAGUGAACAUCGACCACCCAAACCACAUUGUAACGGUGACCACCAUCAGUGACCUGGACCUCUCAGGUGCACGCCAGCUGGGACUGACCACCCCUGAGGGAAAAAGUGAUGGUUCAGAAGAGAAGGGGGAAGAAGUGGUGAACAAGCCUGUAAGAACAGUGCCCAAGAAGUCCAGAAACCCCCUCCUGUCUGAAAAGAUCUCUGCUCUUACCGCCACACUGCACAUGCACAGCCGGAAAAAGUCAAAAGGAAAGCGACCCCAACGUGGGCAAGGCCCACGGCAGAAAAUCCAGAAACCCGCCAUGAGGCGAACCACCAAGACUCAGCGACGGAGACUGACGGGCAAAAUGGGCUGCGACCAGGAUUAACGGAGAGCCUGGUGCUCAGAGCAGCCGCUGGGACAGUUUGCAUCUGACCUGCUGCUCUUUGUGGUCUCUUCAUCACGGGCAAGGACCUUGUUUACUCGGCUCUCUGACCAGCAGUGAGCCCAGUUCAGCCCUUCUCUCACCUGAGUGCUGGCCAGGGGCACUAGAUGCUCUGCCUAUUUAUUUCUGCAGUGUCUCCAACCUAAGUGUCUGCCCUGAAGUCUCUAAAAACUCGUGCUGGCGGUCAGAUUCUCUGUUUGGCAUAACCCUUCUGUCCCUGAGCCUCCCCUUCCAGAGGUUUUAUCUUGGUUUAUCAAAGGAGGGGAUCUAGCGCUGAGUGCAGCAGGCACACCACCAGGGCAACUUGUGAAACCAGGAAGAGCUCUGCUCCCACUCAAGCACCAGUGCCUUGGUGUUUCUGCUCUACAGUAAAUCCUUCUUCCGUGAAGACGUGGAA